AUGACUCGGCUAGAGCCAAUGAUCAGAUCAAAGGCGGACAAUCUCGCAAAGCGUCUUCUCGAAAUUUCAUCUUCAGCAACUACAGGCAGCGUGAAUGCGUUUCUCAUGUGUGGCCUAUUCAGCCUCGAAGUGGUCUGCAAGGCAGGAUUCAGAAAGGAGUUCACAUUCGAGGAUACUACAGAUCUCACCGAACUGCUUGAGUCUGUGGAUGGUAGUGCACUCACAUUCAUUCUUGAUGGACUUUUGCCUUGGCUGAGGCUCACAGGCUUCGCCCAUAAGAUUCUUUUCCUCGGCGAGCCGUAUCAACGCCGACGCACAUGGGAGCAGAAAAGCCGGGUGCUUCUACGUGAAUUUCUACAGCUCCCAGCCAAAGACGAUGGUUAUCUCAUUUCUCCAUACCUCUCUUCUGUGGACGGCUUUCUUGGGAGAAAGCUAAAUCAUGAAGAAUUUGUCGAGGAGGCAAUGGGAAUCAUGUUUGCCGGCAGCGGUACAACGUCCACCACGCUGACCUACCGGCUGUACGCCUUAUCGCGCCCCGGCUAUGAAGCCAUCCAAACGCGUCUUCGUGCUGAGCUAGAGGAUGGUGGAGAGAGUAUAUCGACAUUAAGGAAUUUGCCGUAUCUCAAUGCAGUCAUAAAGGAGACAUUUAGGUUAUAUCCCACCAUCAACUCGUCAUUGCCUCGAGUUCUCAACGAGCCUAUGAAAAUCCAUGGUAUCGACCUCCCCGUUGGCACGGUUGUCAACAUGCAGAAUUUCGUUCACCACCGCGAUCCAGCAGUUUUCUCCGAUCCAGAGUUGUUCAACCCUGAGCGCUGGCUUAGCUCUCAUGCGGAUAUGGAAUCGGCAUUGACCCCAUUCAGUUUGGGUAGGAGGGCUUGCCUUGGAUUGAACUUGGCAUGGGAUGAGCUUUACAUAGCUGUUUCCUCUGUAUUCCGAAACUUGGAGCUGCGGCUUGGAGAUGAAAUGACGGACGUAGAUAUGGAACUCGAGGAUCGUUUUAAUAUUGCACCUGUUGGCCGCAAGCUUAUGCUAAAGGUCUCCAAGGCGAAGGAACUUUGA